AGAAAUAUUUAACAAACUUUGUGGCGUAUAGCGUACUACAGUCAAGAUUUGAAUAAAUAUUGUUUUAUUAAAAAUGUCCGUCAGCGUUUCGCAGGAUAUUAUAAAAAUUCUAAACGACAGUGAUAAUGUCGACACAAAAAGACAAAUAUCAAAAAUCACUGCCGAAAUAAAAAGAUAUCAAGAGAAGAUUAAAUCCUACAUCGAAACAAAUCACGUAGAAUUUUUGGUAAAUUUAUCUAGCAAUGAAUUAUACUUGGAAGAGGGUGAAUCCUUAAUCAAGGAGGUAGAUUAUUUACUCCAAAACAUUGAAAGUGAUACUCAAAAUGCCAUCCACCAAGCCAACGAAGAUCUCCAGCAAUAUAUCGACGAGCUUCGAGAAAUAUCAAUUGGUUUAAGGGUUUCGUGUAAAAUCCUUCGCAUUGAUGACUUAUUCCAGAGCCUAGAAGAAGCCAAGAGCAAUAAAGAAUACCUAAUAGUCAUGGACAUUGUGGGUAAGCUGAAGAAUCUUAUUGAUGAUCCAUCGGAUAAGAUCUUCAAUCGUCUGGAAUGCUAUCACAUUAUCAAAGUAAAAUUCCGCCUCGAAUCUGACAUGCUUCUGCAAAAUAUGAAAAAAUGUUUCGAUCGUUUGGUUCAGUUUUCUGAAAAGAACUUUCAAAACACAAAAUCGGUCACCUUGAAGAUAUCAAAAGAUGAAAAUCAACUCCAAGACACUGUACUCGCUUUAUUCAAUGCUCGAUAUAAUCCAAAGAAAAUGUGUGAGUUUCUAUUGGACAACUGCUUCGAACCGAUAGUCAUGAAACCUGUGUCCAUGGAAUAUAAAGAUGAUGCCAGUCCUGAUUUUUUCCAACUUUCGCUCUCAUAUAGUUUAAAGGAUUUAGGUGCAACCUUAAGGCCGAAUUAUAAAGUUGUCUUCAAGAACAUCGAAAUGCUUGUUCUUUGUUUGGGCCAUAUGAAUAUUCAAUUAUCCGAUCAGCUAUACGUUUUCACAAUUUUCGGCGAUCAGAUGAAGGAGAGACUAUUGUCACUGAUUGUUAACGAAUGUCUGUUACAUGCAGUUCCCGAAACAAUGGACGAGAUGCAUGAGUCAACGUUAGUAGAAGAUGUAAUGAAUUUUCACAAAUUUCUGGUUGAUUACCAGCUAAUCAAUGAAGACAGUGAUCUGGCCUUAGUCGAUUUCACAGAGAAGGUGGAUAUAUUGUUCCGAAAUCGUUUCUGUGGAACAAUUAUGGACACUGCAGUGGAUAUUAUGCGGAAAGACCUGCACGAAAUGACACUGAUAGCUGAACAAAACAGUACCGAAGAUGUUGCUAACAAUCCAUUUCUGUUUCCGCGCUGCAUGGUCUCAAAGAGUAUUUUGGAACUUGUACAUUUGAUGGAAAAAAUUAUACGUCAUGCCGGAUCUGUGGAAGGAGUUCAGAGCGAACAGUUAAUUUCCGUGAUUCCGACUCUUAUUCAUCGUUAUGUUGCGGAAGUGCCAACACAUCAUGAAAAAUACUUGCAAAAUAUUCCACAGCAGUCUGCGCUUUUCUACAAUAACACUAUGUUCUUAAGUCAUUGGGUUACGAAGAACUCAGACAAGGGUAUCGCUUCGUUUGCAACUUUAGUGAAAUCCCUUCAAGGACUUGCACAGGAACACUUCAACAGUCAGAUAAGAAACCAGCGAAGCUUACUUAUGGGUAUACUCGCUGAAUUAGAUCUAUCUGAUGCCAUAACUGCGCUAGGAAUCGGCCCACAAAAACUUAUUGGUCAAUGCUUACGACAGUUAGAUUUACUCAAGAACGUAUGGCAGAAUAUAUUGCCUGAUGAAGUAUAUAAUAAAACCAUAUGUGGCCUGAUAAACGAUUUUUGUUUAGAAGUUAUUCGAAAGAUUAUGGUCAUGGAAGAUAUUUCAGCGAAAGUCGGGGACCAGUUAGCUGAAUUGAUUGGAUUUAUUCUCGAAAGAGCACCUACAUUGUUUAAGGACAAGCAUCAAAUUAUUCAUGUCAAAGCAUGGAUGAAAUUGGAACAGUUGAAAAUGAUUCUUGGAGCUUCAUUAGUCCAAAUAACGGAGCAAUGGUGUGAAGGUCAUGGCAUUCUGACGACAAAUUAUAAAGCUGAAGAAGUCAAACAUCUUAUAAGAGCGCUAUUCCAAAACACAGACCGUCGAGCGAAUGCCUUAGCAUCGAUUGUUUAAAUUCAACAACUCAAAAGAAAAACUUAUUUAGCUUUAACAUUAUAAUAUUAAAAUUAAAAUAUAUCACAUUUUGUUUUAAAAUCUCUA